AUCUGAUCGUAAUGGGAAACUGAACUGAAAUACAGUGCAUUUUACCACCCGUCCCGCACGUCUUUUCUAUUCCAAUAAUUUAUGUCACAUAAUUCGCAAUCAUUUGAUUAAUUCAGUGCGUAAUUCUUUUUGUGAUAAAAAUAUGAACAUAAAGACUGUUGUGUAACCUUAAUCCAUACAAACGUCAAGAUAAAGUGGUGUUCUAGAUCCAGAAUUAAAUUUAACAAAUCCGGAAUGGAUGACUCGAGAGCUCCCAUAGCGAUAUUAUGAAUCGCUCUGUUAUGUCCCGCACCAGCUAGUUAGGAUGGACAGCCUGCAAGUGGCGCACGCGCACAGCAAAGGGUCCAGCCGCAGCCAGUCGCCGUCCGCGACCGAUGUCUCGCGGGACCCCGCCGUGCUCACUGAUGACGUCAUCAGGUCCCGCGUGCAGUCGCAGGCGCACCAUGUCAGCCAGGAGCCAUCAUCGAGUUCGUCUUCCCGGCACGGCGACCGCGUGACGCACCAUGUCAAGUCUCACUCCAGGGACCUGGGCAACAGCCCGCUCUCCGCCAACACCACCGGCAACAGCACUAGAGAUCUGGAAGACUCGCCACAGAAGAAGAUACUGAUCGCCCCCGGCGAGUACUCGGGCCCUGUCUACAGUCCCAAUGUGUCCUACACCUUAUCUUCUGCAGAUGAAUAUGGCUCUCCAGCUUACAGAGGACAAGACGGUGACUAUUCAAAUCAAGACGAGAGCGAUGGCGGGAACGUUACGUCAUCCAAGGCUCUGGCGGCCAUAGCGCAUCUCAACACCAAGAUCGAGCGCACCAAGGACCUGAUCCGGCUCGAGCAGACCAUACGCGAUGACAACGUGAACGAAUACCUGAACCUAGCCGCGAAUGCAGAUAAACAACAGUUGCAACGUAUCAAAGCAGUGUUCGAGAAAAAAAAUCAAAAGUCUGCUCUAUGCAUCGCGCAGUUGCAGAAGAAACUCGAGGGGUACAACAAGAGGAUCAACAACUGGCAGCAACACGGCACUAGCGGACAAGCGGGACACCGGCAGCCGAGCCAGGUCCUCAGGGAUAUGGGACAGGGGCUCAAGAAUGUGGGCGGCAAUAUACGCGACGGCAUCACGGGGCUGGGCGGCAGCGUCAUGGCGGCGCCGAGGGAGUUCGCGCAUCUCUUCUCUCGCUCCAACAGAUUCGGAUCAGCUGACAACAUCUCGCAGCUAGCCGAAAACACGGGGCCUUCCCCUCCACAUGCGGAACUGAGAGCGAACCUGUCGUCGGAAGGGUCGCGCGCGUCGGAGCCCGGCGAAGGCGCGACGCGGGGCUCCACACUGCCGCGCGCCGCCACCUCGCCCGCGCCCAAGUUCUCCUCCGACGCCUCGCCCUCCUCCUCCGUCACCAGCGAGGGCGCGCCGUACCCGACGCAGACGGGGUCCAACAACCUGUCGGAGUCGUUCUCGAUCAAGCCGAUCCUCAACGAGCUGCGCGAGCGCAAGGACGACUACGAGCGCCUCGCCGACCGCCUCGACGCGCUCAAAAACCUAUCACAAGAAGUAUCGUUCCUAUCAAACGCACUGCAAGAGGAAAGGUUCAAGACUGAGAGGCUGGAGGAGCAGAUCAACGACCUCACUGAGUUGCAUCAGAACGAGGUAGAAAAUCUGAAACAAGCGCUGACGGACGUGGAGGAGAAGGUCCAGUAUCAGAGUGAGGAGCGGAUGCGGGACAUCCACGAGGCGCUGGACCUCUGUCAGACUAAAAUUAGCAAAUUAGAACAAUGGAUGGCGGGCGGAGGCGGUGGUGGGGGUGGAGCGGGCGGGGGGGUGGACGCGGGCGCGCACGCGGCGCUGCCGCCGCGGCUGCUGCUGGUGAAGCUGCUCAACGUGGCGCUGACGCUGCUGCAGCUGGCGCUGCUGCUGGUCGCCACCGUGGCCGGCGUCGCCAUGCCCUUCUUGCGGACUAGAGUGCGGGUAUUAACGACAAGCUUAGCGGUGAUGGUCGGGGUGAUGGUGCUGAAGCAAUGGCCGGAGGUGACGCAGCUCUCGGAACAUCUGGUGCGGCGGCUCAAGGAGUACUUGCUGGAUAAACACUACGACAGGUAUGAAUGCAAGUCGUUGUGUGGUUGAUAGUCGUCGUAAUAAAAUUAGGUGAUAUUGCAAUUCUGUCCGCGCGAUGCGAACGCAGUGAUAAAUGUUACGGUCCCACGGGCAUGUGAUUAUAUGAAGUAAGUUGCAGUACAAAGUUUGUGAACUAGGCCAGUAUUAUAACCUUAUUGUAAUUAUUGUUAUGAUAAAAGGAAACAUGCAGGAGAUCCUAUGUAUUUCUAAUUUGAUUCAUUUGUAUAACAUGACCGAGAUAGAUAAAUGUUUAACGCGAUUUAAUAAACGACAACACUCAGCCCUCACUAAGCAUUAACUGGUAUCGCGGAUCCGGUGGACUAACACAGAAAUGUACACAAAACAUCCAGAACCGCGUACAAAUAUCUGAAGAUCACAAGCACAAAUAUUUGUUGGAAUCCAAUCCCGAGACAGGCGGACGGACGUGGGAACCAUUCCUCCUCCUCCUCUGCCCAUAGGGACAUAGCCACAUACAUAGUUACAUUGCAAGUUAAAUAAAAGCUCGUAAAAAAAAAAACAAAUUUUAGGCGCUCCUUUGUAUGCAACGUCCUGGGCGAUCGUCCAGAUGCAUACCUAACGCCGGCACUGAAAUUAUCCAUAUUAGGAUCGAAACAAUCGUUCGUUUAUUGUUGAGGUUAUAAUAUUGACCAAGUAUGAUACGAUAUGUACCUGUUCUGUUUUAUAAACUCGUUGACGCGACUGGUGAGUAUAAGAAUAUUGUAAAAUAAUGCAAGAGUAUUUUAAGGAAAAUAGCUGAGAUUUUUUUACAUACAAUUUUAAUGUUACGGGGAAUACUCCAUAAAAUUGCAGUACAUAAGUGUAAAAAAAAAAGUAAUUUGACACUAAGUUACAAUUGCGCGAUUUUUUAGUUUUGUGUGAAUGCACGGACAUUAUGAUAGAUCAUACUUUGGAAUAAAAAUAUUGUGUUGCUAAUAGUAUCUUAGCAGAUAAAUACAGCAUAUUCACUUGUACACAAUCAUUACUUUUUAUAUCGAAAGGGCUGGGCCCCUGAGAAAUUAAUUUAUAUUUUGUUAGUAGCUUAAUAGAUGCGUAUUUAGAUACAUUGAAUUUGAAUAAUGAAGGUCGAAAUAUGCUGUGGCAAAAUCUAAAAUUUUCUAAGACACAUUUUUGCCACGCUGUAUAUUAUGUAUGAAAUCGUAUGGAAUGUUAUUUAAUUUAACAGUAUUUGUUAUACUGAUUGUAAAUAUUUUUUGUUAUGCCACAAUUUUCAAUGAAAAAUACUCUGUUUUUAUAAAGUACUUGGGAUAAAAUUAAAAUGGAUGCUAAAGAGCAAUACGCAUAUGAUAUUAUGUAUAUAGGGUACGGCAUGGAAAUGAUACUGGUUGAAAGAAAGCAUGGCGAAACUUUUGUUUACCGGUGAUGGAUCGCGAUUUGUCACUUACUCGUUGUACAUAUUAUUUUAGAGGGAUGGGGUUGCCAACGCAAAUAAUUUAUAUUCGACAAAUGUUAUCGAACGUGAAUGGGCUCCUAGAUUUUAAAACGAAACUUGGAAUAGGUAACUACUAGGUUCGAUAUAGCGUGAAUGUAUAAAAUUGUUACACUAUACGACAUGUGAUACAUUGAUUGGUAAUUUUUUAAUUCCUCCGUUUUUUUUUUCAACUACUAUUCUAUUAAUUAUAAUUAAUUAAAAUAAUCAGAAAUCUUAUAUCUCUUAAUUUAAAAUUAAUCUUUGACCUGUAAAUUAUAAAGAUAUUGGUUUUGUACUGAACCUUGUUUAUUAUCAGCAAACUGUUGCCUAGCACGUAAUAAAAAAUGUUUAUUGUUUAUUGGCGGUUUCAUAUUAUAUCAGCGAGAUAUAGAUAUCUAAAUUGUAUUUAUUUUUAGGUAAAUUGGCUUUAAUGAUCAAACAGUAGUACUUUCUGCAAAUUGAUCAUACACAAUAUUGUACUUGAUGACUAUUAAUUUCUUUUUCAAAAUACGCUAAUUUCUAAUGUUAAAAAGGUCACUUCUAAAUAUGCUAAUUUCUAAUGUUAAAAAGUUACAUUCCAAAUUAAGCUGAUUUUAGAUAGUUUUGAACCUAAAAUAGAGCAAUAUAGUAUGCCCAUUCGUCAUUCUUAUUUAAUAGCAUUGUGUUGGUACAUUGGUUUGAAGUUAGUGUUUUAAAGUAAAAAAAUAUUCUGUACCUACUUUUUCGCAAUAUAAUUAACAUUAUAAGUCACAAAAAAGUAUAGGAAUAACAUAGCCUUGUAUAAUACCUACUAAUUUCGCUGAAUGUACCAACACAGCAUUACUUCGCCUGAACAGUUAGUUGUGUGUAUAUUUUGUAAAUAUUUUUUUACGAGCUCUACUUUAAAAUGUUAUUUUAUGUGAAAGAUACUUUGGCAAUUUUAUCGAAAUGUUGCAUGCUUGCUGUUGAUGUUCAACUACAGUUUACGUUUGUAAUUAGCUAAUUAAAUUUUUCGAUAUAUAGUGGAAUUAUUAAAUUAUAUACUUAACGAAAUUGACAAGAUUCCUGAAGAGAUUAUUAAAUUCAAUACUAUUGUAUCGGUGAAAUGUCAAAACCGUGUAUGGAGUUUUAAACUUUCUCAAAUAAAAAUCAGAAACUACAAAAUUGUCUUAUGUAAGCUGAGAACUUUAUAUUACUUUGAUUUGAUUAAAAUAAAACUUCUAAGAGUUUCUCACUGGAAUUUUCUUGCGGCUACUAAUUUAUCAUAAGACAGUUUUUGUUCUAUCAUUGUUAUAUACAUACAUUACUCUGGUUUGUAAGUUAUUCAUUGAUCAUAAAAAGCAUCUCGACCCAUUGACAAUAUGUGAAUUGUAUUUUUUUUUUGCCAACUAUUGAUUGAAAUAAACCAUCACAAUUUUAUUCAAAA